AUUCCCGACACAACCCAUAGUCCCUGGUCGUCUCCCUCGCAGCCUCACUCGUCUCCCCUGCGCGCCGGAGCCCUCCCUCUCGGCUCCCCCCGCGCUGGAGCUCCCCUGCUCGGCUCCCCUGCGCGUUGCUGGAGCUACCUCGGCCCACACCUCCACCGUGUUGCUUCCCUCUCCUUGUUCCCUUGCUCGUUCCCCAUGGUGAACCAUGGGAAGGAGAAGGCUCGAUUUUUGUUCUCGAUCUGCUCUCUGACGGCGGCAGCCUUCCCCGAGCUUGGCGAGCUGGAGCCGUCCCUUCCCGUCGUGGAUCUGCUCUCCGCGACGCCGCCUGCCUCCCCGGACCAUCCCCUCUCGCUCAGCCGCGACUCCCUCCCUGGAGCAGCCGCUCCCUCCCAACCCAAAGCCGCCGGCCGGAGCUACACCGCAGCACACUCCCUCCCUCCUCUUCUUAGGGACCGAAUUGUGGUCGAGGAGGAGCUUUCCCUUGUCGCCCAGCAGCUCCUGCUCCAACGGGCUCGUCCACAAGUCCGGCAGCACCAGCCGCUCUUCCCUCUUCCGGUCUAGCCCAUCGACGACGACGGCUCCUCCUCAUGCUCAUCGGACUCGUGCACAAGUGCUCUGCAAGUCUGCAUUGGGUAAAGUCUGAAUUUUUCAUUUUUACUACCGUCAAAAUUCAGUUGACAAAGAAAGUGCCAUCAACAUGUCAGUGGCCAUGCUAGACAGAGUUCUUAUUCAUGUCUAGGCAGAGUUCUUAUUUAUGACAAAACUGGAUGUCUAGACAGAGUUCUUAUCACGAAGGAG